UCGAAUUUCGGGGUAAAAUCAUUUGACUAAAAUGGAGUUAGUUGAGUCGUCUCCGGCGACUGAGCAUCACCCGGAAAUGAACAGAGAAGAAGCUUCAGGCGAGUCUUCGUCUUCAAAUCAGCUAGAGAAUUGGACAGAAGAACAAGAUCAGCUGAAGAAGAAACUGAUCGCGCACGAUGACUUCCCAUGGAAGUUACCUUCUUCACCAACGGAACUACCUCAAGGAUCGGAGACCCUUAAGUACGUUGGAGGCGUGGACAUAAGCUUCUCCAAGGACGAUUCCUCCGUGGCGUGCGCUUGUCUCGUCGUUCUCGAGCUGCCUUCUCUCCGUGUAGUUCACAAUGAGCUCUCUCUAUUACGCCUCCAAGUUCCGUAUGUUCCUGGGUUUCUCGCCUUUCGUGAGGCUCCGGUUCUGUUGCAGAUUCUUGAGAAGAUGAGGGAUGAUCAGCAUCCUUUCUAUCCUCAGGUACUGAUGGUUGAUGGGAAUGGGAUACUUCAUCCACGAGGAUUUGGCUUGGCGUGUCAUUUAGGUGUUCUUGCUCACCUUCCUACAAUUGGUGUCGGAAAGAACCUGCAUCAUGUGGAUGGUUUGGAUCAUUCUGAGGUUAGGCGAUCGUUUCUGCUCAAAGAAAACGAGGAUGAGCAGGUUAUCAAGUUGGUUGGGAACUCUGGUUUUACUUGGGGAGUAGGAUUUAGGCCAACUCUGAGUUCUGUGAAGCCCAUAUACGUUUCACUAGGCCAUCGCAUAUCACUUGACUCUGCGGUUGAGGUUGUGAAGAUGACCUGCAAGUACCGUGUGCCUGAACCUAUUAGACAGGCAGAUAUGAGAUCAAGAGCAUAUCUCCAAAAGCAUCUACUUGGUCUUUUAAAAGAUUUGGGUCACACGGAAUGGAAGACUGAACAUUAGUCACUAAUACAACCAAAGAAGGCUGUGAACACUUUUCCACAUUAAAGAUCAUUCUGCAAUGUCUUGCCCUUCACCAAGUUUUUCCCUUUAUUUAUCUCAGUGACUCUAACCAAGAUUGUUUCGAAGAGAUGAGUCUUGCUGUAUCAUGUUUGAAUCCAAUUCAUUGUAUCUACUAUUUUGCGUUAAGCUAUUAGCUAUGUAAUAAUUUCCAUAUAGCCAUGUCUCAUUUACUUAAAACUUGAAUAUGAGAAUAUGUCUUUAAUAUAUCAUUUUUCAGACCGUGUUAAAAGGA